ACGAACAAAGUCACUUAGCCUCAUUACUUGUGAUGAGCUAAAUUUGGAAGCUUGAAGGGGUUACUGAGGUGACGCGGCGAUUACAGGAUUAACUGAGGAAGUAGCGACUUAUAAUGGUGUGCCUGACCUUCAGGUUCUGUAUUUCACAAUCCUCUCUGCUUCAAUUUGUAAACGAGACACUACUGUCCGGACUGAGCAAAAUAAGAUGUUGCUCUUGAGCCUCUUCCUUGGAUUCCUGAGGGUCCAUGGCUACAAUCCAAACCUUAUCCACAUCCAGUGAUCUCAGCAACCAUUGCAACGACCUGUCUUCUUGUUCCCCAGGCAACAGCAAGUGCAUCAUGGGAAGUGUCAGUAGUCUAAUGGCUGACAAACGGGACCUCCUUAGUGAUGGCCUGAAGAGUAGCAGAAAUGGGAAUGCUUACAACAUCAGGCAGCCAGAUGGGCUGCUUAAAAAGGGGUUAAGCCAGAGAGAGUUACUGAACUACCUGAACAGCACGAAAAAGGGAGCAAAGGCUGAGAAAAGGAUCGCAUCUGGGAGUUCUUCCAUGGAACGCUGUCGCAAGGAUGGCCAACAUGAGAUUUAUGGCAAAACAUCUUAUAAGGAUGGGAAGGAGAUCGAUUUGUCAAAGAAUUCACUUCCAGUUGGAGGGAAAUUUGAAAAGUCUCGGUUCCGAUCCUCUGCCUUCAGGCCUGUGGUGCCAAAGAACUUCAGUUCGAUGCAGAAUCUGUAUCCGCAGCAGAGCAGGGAGCUAUCUGACAGCACUGCCAGCCUCAAUAUCAGCCUCAGCAAGGCUGGCCACUCAUCCCGGAGGAACGGAGAGGAAAAGCAGGAAUACUUCAGGAGUUCCAGCCAAGAGGAAAACAUGUCUGACUCCGGACGGAACUCCAUGACGAGUCUCCCUCCAUGUGGAAUGGGUCUGAAGCAUCAUUUUGGGCAGAUCAGUGCUUCCAUGGGUCAGAUCAACCACAUUGGGUCAAGCUACACUGAUGGAGCUCCCAAGGAGGGGGUGAGCUCAGACAGUGGCCGUUUUUCCUGUAAGAGCAUGGCCGUGCUGAGCCGGCUAAACCCCCAGGGCCACAUGUCACCAUCCUGUGAGCUUUCCAGGUCCGUGGAGGAUGUGGUCCGGGAGCUGGAGGAACGGCUCCACGAGAAGGAGGUGGAGCUGAAACACGUGAGGAGAAAUUUGGAUGAGAGCGAGGACGCCAUUGCCCAGGUGUUCGAGGAUAAGCAGAGGCUGUGGGAGAGGGAGAUGGAUGAGCUGAAACGUGUCUAUAGCAGCAAGUUGCGCCAAGUCAGUCAGCAGGCACAGUGUACCCAGCGGAGCCUGCAGCUCCAGCUCUUUAAGGUACAGCAGGAGAAGAGGAAGCUGCAGGAGGACUUUGACAAGUUACUGCAGGAAUGUGAGCAGCUCAAAGGCCGGUGUCCCUCCUACAGACAGGAGCAGGAUGACCUAACCCCAAAACUUGAGGAGAGCAAAUGGGAGGUAGGGCUGUUUAUGACUGGCAUUUUAUUAUUUACCAUUUGUUUCCUGUUUUAAAAAGUGACCAAUGGGGAAGCAGAAAUCAGUAGCCACCUCUUCCUCUUCACUGGUAUUAGUUUCUGGAUGAAGUGGUACAUGCCGUUUUUAAUAAAAGCUUAGUUUAUCUUUCCAUUAGGAUCAUAGACUUCCUGCAGUGCACAUCGAGACCAUUUUGCCCAUCAAGUCUUCAUAGACCCUUCGAAAAGCAUCCCA